AUGGGAACAGAGAUUCAAGGUGAUGAUUAUGAUCUUCCGUGUUCAGAUGAUGAACUUUCAAAAAGUGGGGUCUUCAUUGGUAAGAAUUGGAUGCCGGAUCCAUCGGAAUUAGAAGAGCUAUACAAAACAAUCGAGAAAUCCGGUCCAUUGAAUCUUGAGUGGAAAUGUCCGGGAAGACGAGCACCUUCGCCGAUACCAGUGAGUAAAGAAAACCAACCAGUAGAGCCUUCAUCUCCAAUACGGGAGGAAAAAUCAGACUUCGACUUCAUGGACGAAGUGAGCUCUCUUCGCCUCAGAGUACGAAGAGAAGGGGAAGAUACACUUCGAGGAUCUGCUAAAAAGAAAACUACAUCUUUUGACGGAAUUCUAUCAAAUAUGAUAAGGCACAAAAGAAUAGAACAACAAGAGAAACAGGCAAACACACCUACUAGCACACCAUCUAGUAGUGCGAGUUGA